AUGAUAAACAGGUGUCGCUGAAGGAGGAAAUCAAGAGGAGUGGCGUGGUUUGCAGCGGUUUUGGAGACUGUGCGCGAAGAGGCGAAUAGUUCGUUGCUGGCCAGUCGUCCCCACAGAAUUCUCGUCCGCGUUUGCUACAAGCGAUGACGGAGGCGUGAUGGAUUCAACGAAUCACAUGAAGGAAGGCCGGCCUGUCAGCGCGUCUGGAGACUGCGCGACUCCGGUGGGUGCUGUCAACAGGACCCUGGGCUCCAUCGGACCCGGGGCGCGGUCUACGCCGCUCAGCGCGUCGACGGUCAGAGGCCCUGAAGCUAGCGGUGAGGAGCCUCGUCUUUCAGACACACAGAGCACAACUUCAUUGUCACCUAAGGGGGAUGUCAUGGCUGGCGACUCUACGCAGAUGUCUGCGAAACUUGCCAAGCGAGAAUCUUACAAGGCCCAGCGCAAGCACUAUCGAUUUGAGAAGAAGCGGGUGGCCAUGGAGCUGUCCAGCACGCUCACGGACCCAUCGAUCAUAGUGCUCGCUGACUGGCUCAAGGUGCGGGGAAGCCUCAAGGGCUGGACCAAGCUGUGGUGCGUGCUCAAGCCAGGAUUGCUGCUCCUCUACAAGAGCCCCAAGAUCGCCAAGAGUAGCCAAUGGGUUGGCACUGUCCUGUUGAAUGCUUGUGAGCUGAUAGAGAGACCUUCCAAGAAGGAUGGAUUCUGCUUCAAGAUCUUUCAUCCACUUGAGCAAUCCAUCUGGGCAUCACGGGGCCCCCGGAACGAGGCCAUAGGUGCCCUGGUACAACCACUACCCGUGAGCCACCUCAUCUUCCGAGCACCCUCCGAGGCGGCGGGCAAGUGCUGGAUGGACGCCCUGGAGCUGUCACUCCGAUGCUCCUCGCUUCUGCUGCGUUCCAUGACGUCGGGACACUUGCGAAGCAACAGCGGUGGUGGCACCGGGUUGGGCAAUAGCCGGGACUCCACACUGUCUGUGGCGGGCAUAGGUGCGAGUGAGGCCGAGCUCUCGCACAUAGCCACCUCUCCUACCACUACCACGUCUCAGCAGCGGCACUGGAACGAGAGCGACCUCGAGAACCACUUCAAGGACCAAGAUCUGGGUGAUGAUGCCCCAACGGAUGACCAGCGAGAUGGCACCCAGAGCUUGCGUUCAAGCGACACCGACUCGGAGGAGGAAGAGCACCAGCGACUGACGGAAGACAGCGGGGAAGCAGAGCAAGUUGAAGAGGAACCGGAGACACCAUACCAGGAAGAGAGCAAUGAGGAGCUUGGAGUGGCGGGCGAUGCAGGCCAGACCGAAGAGGUGGCAGAGGAGAACCGCAGCCUCAUUUGGGCCCUGGUGAAGCAGGUGCGGCCGGGCAUGGACCUGUCCAAAGUGGUGCUGCCCACCUUCAUUCUUGAGCCGCGCUCUUUCCUCGACAAGCUCGCUGACUACUACUACCACGCCGACAUCCUCUCCAGGGCUGUUCAAGAGGAUGACCCCCUUACUCGGAUGAAGUUGGUGGUGCAGUGGUACCUCUCUGGUUUCUACAAGAAGCCCAAGGGCCUCAAGAAGCCCUACAACCCUAUUCUUGGAGAGGUGUUCCGCUGCUGUUGGAAGCACCGAACGGGAAGCCGGACCUUUUACAUUGCAGAGCAGGUCUCUCAUCACCCACCAAUUUCUUCUUUCUAUGUGAGCAAUCGACCGGAUGGUUUCUGCAUCAGUGGAACAAUUUUGGCAAAGUCAAAGUUCUAUGGCAACUCGCUGUCGGCAAUUCUGGAAGGCACGGCACAGCUGUCCUUUUUGACGAGGGGCGAAACGUACACAAUCACCAUGCCCUAUGCUCACUGCAAGGGCAUCCUCAUGGGAACCCUUACCAUGGAGCUUGGGGGCAAGGUGAACAUCGUAUCAGAGAAGACGGGCUACCGCACUGAACUCGAGUUUCGUGUACAGCCAUUCCUAGGCGGGUCUGAGUUGUGCAACUUGGUGACGGGCAAGCUGAAACUCGGCAAGGAGACCCUGUUCCUCAUACAGGGUCAUUGGGAUGGACAGAUUUUCCUGCGAGACAAGAGGACACAGGAAGAACAGGUCUUGUGGCACCCAACCCAGGAAGUGAGGUCGAAACGACUCAAAAGAUCCACGGUGCCCUUGGAGUUGCAGCAGGAAUAUGAAUCCGAAAGGCUGUGGCAGCAUGUGUCGGCAGCUAUAGUGCGCGGGGACCAGGUGGCUGCCACCGAGGAGAAGACCAUCUUGGAGGAGGCGCAGCGAAGGAGCGCAAAGGAGAGGCAGGCACGCAUGGAACCUUGGAUGCCUCGUUUCUUCAUCCAGGACCUCCUCACGGGCGACUACAUCUACAAGCAUGCUGAUUCUCGUCCAUGGGACCCUCGCAACGAUGUCGUUCAGUUUGAGCGGAACGGAGUGAUUCAGAGCAAGACGCGACACCAGACGCCCAUUGUGCCUUCGGGGGGCAGCCUGGUCAGCAUCGAGGGGAGCCCUCCCGAGAGUCAGGUCGGCCUGCGCAGGCGCAUCUUGCACUCGAGCCCACGGCAGGCAGCUGCUCACCUCUCCCACCGCCACCAUCAUCACCACCACCAUGCCAACUCUGUGGGCACCAAGAAGGAGCGAAAGAAAAAAGUUGGCCCCUCUGUCGGAAUUCAUCACAGUGGUAGCUCCUCGGCCGAGCGAGGCGCCUGCCUCUCCUGCGAUUCCACUGACAGCGAAGCACUGGCAGCCGAGGCAAGUAAGGGGGUAGCAGCACGACUGGGCCUGCAGCCAAGCCGUUCAGUGCUGUCGAGCAGCUCGCUGUCUCACUCCCUGGGCCCUGCCUUGGCUCCUCUGCAACGCUCCCUGGAGGAAGCAAACACCACCCUGAACACAUUGCAGCGACACCUCGAACACGUGGUGCUGCAACAACGGCAGCUCGAACACCGGCUCAGCCAGCGAAGUGAUAUUACCACCGUUGCUUUCAUGCUCGUGUUUGCCCAGGUUGCAAUACACCUUUGCCUCUGGGCUUGGUUCCCCUCCUGAUUACGCUCCGUUGGCUCUGUUGUCCCGCCUGCAAGGACAGGAAUACUCUUUCAGGCCGUCGGAUCGUGAUGGCCGGCAUAGCACGCCUCGCAAGCCAUGUGCGAUAUCUGUAUUGGUACUGCAACGGUAUCUGUACCCUGUGAUCAUCACUGUAGCGCGGCCCCAUGUACGAUGUCAGUGCCGGUGUUGAUGGUACUACAGUGUUACCAAUACCUGUAGUUGGUAUUAGAGUACCCUGUACACAGUGCUGCAGUCACCAGUGUAGCUGUCCCACAUAUGCAUGAUGUCAGUAUAAGUGGCAUUGGUACUGUGAUGGCUUGGGUGUGGUGUCUGCAUUUUGAUGGUUACUUUGAGAGCUUGUGGCCCAUUGUGCGUGUGACAGUGCUAAGCUAAAGAGGGUGACGAGGAUGAGAUUCUACACCCUUCACUGCAUUGCGGAUUCAUUGAGUGUGCCAGCACAGCUUAACGUUGGCUCCGGUUUCAUUGAUACUGGCUGGGAAUUCUUGAAAGAGGACUGUGUGCUUGCAAAAUCAAUCUCUGCCUGUUAGACUGAUGAAAGCUUAGGUGGCAGUGGGAGUGGGACGGGUUCAUUAUACACUUUGUUCAUUCUGUACAUAGGAAUAAGGUACUGCUUGUGAAAGUGUGACGUAAGUGCAAGUGUCAAGUGACUGUAGACGUCGUGUGUAGAUGCAGCAUGAACUUGACUAUGAUGCUGUGCUUCUCCACACUGCCAGGAAAGGCAAGUUUGGGGCAGAAGAUGAGGGGUAUGGAAAAGAAGGAUUAAAACUGUAUGGUACACGUGUGUCAAAGUUUCCAGAAGCAGAAACUGCCCUUGCAUGUUUGAAGCUCUGUGCCGUCUAUUACUGAAAGCUGCUGCUGGGAGAGUUCCGUCAUCAGGCAUUUGUGUUCUGACUGCUUCUAAAACACUGAUGACCACUUUAGUUUGAGCAUAAGUGUGUAAGAGAAGGCACAGGCAUCUGUAUUUCAGAGACAUCGUGUUGCGCGGCAGCAUUGGCUCAGCUUUUUUUCGAUAGCUGAAGAAGGAAGUAUAGUUUGCCGGCCAUCUUUCUGCCUUGUGCUGAUACAGAUACAUAGGUAUGGACACUUCAAGCACAUGUCUGAGGCACCACUAUGUGGUGCACACCUGUAGCGAGAAAUUCCCCCCCCUCUUUCUCUCUCGCGAAUGAGAAUAUUUUUGCAGUUUGAAAAUUGUGAUAGGGUUCAUAAGUGAACUCUUAAGUGGAAAUGAAGAAGGGGAGAAGAAAUGGGGGGGGGGAGAUCAUCAUUACAGUGCUUGUAACUUAACUACAAUGUGAAAACAAAAAUGUCACUAGUAACACUGGCAACUACAAAUUGUCAUUUGUCACUUAAACAUGUUGCAGCAUGUCAGUGCAUGGCUUGAUGCAGUGCCAUGUCCUCUCUCUAUUAAGAGUGAGGGAGCACAGCUACAUGAAGCUGUGUGCCCUCUCUCAUCAUAGGGAGAGAGUGUGGCACUGCAGCAAGAUGCCACGUGCUGACACGCUGCAAUCUGUACGUGUAGUCAGGCCUUUAGUUUCUUUUGCUCAUGCUAAAGGGAGUGUCUUGAAAGCAUUUCGUUGGGCUCAUUCUCAACUUGGGUGCAACUGCACAGAUUGGAAUUUAAUUAAUCUUGCCAACAAAGCAGUUAAGAUAUUUUGCCCUUGAAGUGAAAGCAGCACUGAUGAUAUCACUGUAGGUGCUCAGUGAACACGGUUAGAUGCAAAAAUUGAUUAUACUAUAUAUAUAUAUAAUUUUUUGGAAGGGAUGGUGGGAGUAGAUGUUAUUGAGGUACAGUCUGUUGCACAGCUAGGAAACAUCUCUGACUGCACGGCACACGCUGCUGUUGCUUGCAGCCAUAUCAGAUGGCACAUUUUAACACUAUGCCCCUUGAGUGUCUGCGCAUGUGCGAGCUGCUAAGGGCGCACGACUGCAGCGCUGGCAACACUGUGAUUUCAUGUACUCGGAGAUUUCUCCUAAGUGUGAAACAGAGUGUACAUUGCGCCGCCCGUGAGGACUUUGGUCAUGCGGCAGCAGUACAGGUGGUCCUGAAGUUUUUCUCUGAACAUGGUCAACACCUUGACUUAAAAAAAUUGCGCUCCAUGCUUGCUAACAUGCUUUAUUGUUGUUGUACUCCUAAGUAAGCCUACUUUUUUGUGGUGCCAUAACUUCUUUAGGUGGUUGUAUGCAUGGCUAUCUCUGCAUAACAUCACCCUGUCAUCUGGAGUUUAUUGGUUUUGCAGAAUUUUGAAAGAUUGUUUCAUUUCUGUUGGUUUGUCACACUUUUUAGUUCAAACAAAAUGAAUUCUCUAUUGUUCAACUACGUGUAUUUCAUGAAGUUUCACCUGCAAAAAUAGGUCAAGUUCACAGCAAUGGGCUUCCUGAACAAAGAAAUGCCGCAAAAUAAUUUUGCUUAAAAUCUGUACUAGUUAGUGCGGGCACUAUUAAUACACAAUAAACUUCACACUGCCAGUAAUGCCUCUGUGCAAAACACGUAGAGGGAAAGUGCCCCGUUGCCAUAAGGCUAAGUCGAUUACGGGCUGUUUUCUUGAAGGGACACUUAAAGGCAAACACAUGAUAAUAAUUGUUAGGGCUAGACAUCCUAGAACCACGAUUUGAUUAUUAGAGAUGCCAUAGGGGAGGGCUUCUGAAAUUUUGACCAUCUGGUGUUCUUUAACGGGAACCUAAAUUUAAGCACACGGCCCGCUAGCAAUGUGGCCAGGAUUUGAUCUCCCGAUCUUUAGGUCAGCGGUCAAGCAUCAUAACCACCAGACUGCUGUGGCAAGCAAAGGCAAAUUGUUGUAUUUACUUUUAGAAUGUUGUAUUUACGUGUAAUUCAUGAGCUGUGAACAACUUUUGGUGAGUGAAACAGUUAUAGGUAAUAAACUAACGAGUGGUCCCAUAGUUUGUGACUGGAAGGUGGAGAACAGGCAUGCUGCUUCCUAGAAGAGAUCGUAAGUGCGGUGGUCUUGUUGCUCAGGCUGCGUGCGUACAAAGUAGCAGUUCAUGCGAUGCGGCUCCCAGUGCUGUGUGCUGCCAAUAUUAGCAAAGUAUACCGUUCAGGAUCUGAAUAGUUUGGAAUAGCAAAUGUUGAGUGUGCAAGAAGUGGACUUGGGAGUACAUGAGAUUGCUGAAUGGCGGUACCCAGGGGCGUAGCGAGGGGGUGGCAAACUGGGUCCGUUCCCCAUCACGAAAUUUUUUUUUUCAUCAUAGCAUAAGAGAUUGAAAAACGACCAUUUCAAGGGGUUGCCUCUCCCAAAAUCAAGGCGAUGCCCCCCCACCAGAAAAAGAUGUCGGGCUACGCCCCUGGUGGUACCUGUAUAUAACAUGAAGAAUGUCACCUUGACGUAUACAGCAUGCACAAUGUCACCGUUGACAUUGCACGACUUCACAUUGUACGCAGUAUAUACAGUGUCAGCUAUAACUAUGUUCUUCACUGUUGUAUAUGACUAUACUGUACUUGCUAAAUCAACUGCAAGCCACUCUUUGUUCGGGGACGCCACGACGAGAGAAGGAGACUACAGCAAGAAAUUAUAAAUUGAGCACGAGUGCUCUGAAGAAAUUGUAGGGUUUGUGUGUCUGCUUAUCAUCUCUGAGCAUAGAACAGGACUCUCUACCAUUUUGAGGAAUCGCGCAUGUUUAAUUGGAUCAUUCCCAGUUCGUGGUCUUUGUGUUUCGAAUGCAAGUGUUUGUGCACAAAAUGUUGUGCAUGCUUUUUAUUGCGUGCCUUCACUUAUUGCUCUGAUGUGUUGCCAUGGAAAGCUUAUUGUGCCACUUUUAGUUUUGUUCCACUCAGGAAAGUUUUGUUGUGAUGCUGCUAUAUAAUGAAAAAAAAAGUAAUGGUUUGUAGGGCUUUUUUUUCUUGGUCUCUUCCUAAAAAACUUCCAAGUAAAUUAAAGAUAGAAAUGUAGUCAAAAAGCACUUGAUCCAAGAAGUUGAGCAAGUACCUAUUUACUGCAGCUUCUAAAACUAGAGAGAGAGAGAAGUUUAUUUGCAGAAAGGUCAGCCUGAUUGACAGCAUGCUCUAGCCCGCUACUGGUAAAGACACCGUGAUGAAUAUACACAAGGCGCAGACCGUGAUCUCUGAAACAGUACGCUGUUAAGUAUGAUUGGUAAAAUGUGAGACCAGUAUUCCAAUGAAAUGAACAGGGGGGUCAGUUCCUAGAAUGUCAUCUCCAAGGGCCUGUGUGGCAAAGCUAUUUGCACAGAAGUUUGCAGUUCCUGUACCCGUUUCGCCUGCUUGUGAGCUCUAACAUAGGGCUUUGAUACAAUGCCUGGAAAAAUGUAUGCUAGCACACUCAGUUGGAUUGGCACCAUUAGCAAUGCGCCCAACCAGCUGUCACUCGCACUAGCCAUAGCUGAAAUCUUGCAAAGGCUGCUGUUGUGCUAUGUUCGUAUUAUUUAAAAUGUUCAACUGUUUUCUUGAUUCUGAUAGAAUAUGUAUUGGUUUCACCCUGAAACUAUAAUAUUACACCUUAUCAAUUGUUUGCUCCAUUCAAAGAUGUUUCAGUUCAAGGGGAGGCGGUAGGGUCAUUUCAUUUUGAUAUUCUGUUUGCGAUGCAGGUGUAAAAUGCUAAUUUUGCGAAUCAUACUCAAAUUGUACCAUACACAUCUGACCUAUAGUGUCUACAUUUACAAACUUAUUGCACCAUUCGCUGCCCUUGUGUCUGAAGCAAGAUAUCCUUAAACGUUGUUACAGCACAAGCAGACGGGCACAUUUUCAAAGCAAAAAGCACGCACCUUUUUAUAGAGCAGAUGUCGUUUAUUAACUCUCAGCGAGCAUGAUCGUGCUGGAAAAGAUUGCCAUAUAAGGAUUGCCAUGGUAAGGCUACAGUUGUAACAUGCUGGCUGGCUGUGUGCAUUUUAAACAUUAAACCUCAAGUAGAACAUUGUUUAACUUGGUCUGUGUUUGUUGCAGAUGAAUGAUACAUACUCAGUAAGACGACUUUUGCUAAGCUGCGAGUUUGGUAAUUGAAAACAGCUGUAAUUACUAUUAACCUUUCUUGGCACUGUCUGCGUAGUAUGUGAAAAGGUAAAUUUUGGAUAUGUUGUAAAGUGUUGCUGUAGUUGAGGUAGUACAGGCUAAAGUAGGUCAAGGAAGGGUAUAUGCAACUAUACAAAGCCAUCAAAUGAGACCAAAUAAAGUACAGCGAUGUUUUAGCCUUUAAUUGGAAGUGAAUUACACAUUUAUGAAAUGUGAAGGUGGCAGGUGUCAUCCCCAGUUGCAGUGAGCUCAUUCAUUUUUAUAUUUCAAUGUAGUCAACUAAAAACUAAAGGUACAGUACAGUUUGCCCAAAUAAAUGUCUAUUGGAACAACUGCCUGUAAUGUGAUUGGUAUCGUAUUCGAAAUCUGCACUCCUGUUCAUGUCUCAGAAACUGGCAUUCUUGUUAUAUAGAACAUAUUUUCUUCCUGGUUCCUUCAGGUUCCAUUUCACGAGAGAGUGCUGUAGCACCAUGUAUGCUUUCCUUGCCCUCGUUAUCUUUUACCUACACAUGGUUGCAUCUAACAAAAUACACUCAAACCUCAUUAUAACAAACUUGCAUCUUACAUGAAAAUAAGCUCGUUAUAUCCAAACAUUUAUUAUAAAGGUUAUUAUUAACACUGUAUAUUGAAACAUUAUUUUUCAAUUAUCUCGUUAUAACCAAUAUUGCAUUAUAUCUGGUAUUGUUAUAACGAGGUAUGAGUGUACUGACUUCUCGGUCCAUUCCCAGUAUUUCACUCGAAGUAUCGCAGUUUCACGUGUGGCUGGGCGGUAAUUCGUGAAAAAGCUUAACUGGGGUCAUCUUGCUAGUUAGUGUCAACUCCGAGUAGUUUUGUUAUUUUCUCUAUCGCAUAGUGCUCUUCAAAAGCUGUUAUGCCUAUACCAUACUUUUGUCCCGAGUGGCAGUACAAAUAUUUACAAUGCACUGCAUAUCACGGAAGUCUGAGGGAGGCGUGUUUACGGCAAUCGAGCUUAGUCGCCUCUAGCUUCAGUGGGAGGGGGACAAAAAACAAUAGUCUACUUUUAAUGCGUUACAAAAAAAGCUCCAGCAAGCUGAGGUCAUAAAUCUCAAAGUAUGAUGUGUUAUGUAUGCAAACUUAUUUAAUGCAGUGAAUAUAUUAGUCAAAAUCUUGAAAUCCAGACAUACCAUGUGUAAUUGGGAGUGGCUAUUAUGUUGCAUGGUAUAUGUGUGAAUAAAUUUUAAACUAGCCCUUUAUAUAAAGGAUUUCAUACGGGAUACAUUUUGUUAAAACUUGCAUGCUUUUAUGUUAUCGCAGUUGCUUUAGUUGUUAAAUAGCUCGUGAGAGGGGUCUUUCGUUGGCAUCGAAGCUCGGGCUUUGUUUUGUACAGUGAGCCUGUAAGCUCUUGUUCUUUUUUUUAUGGUUGAUUGAGCACUUUAAUGCUCGUAUCUCAAUUGGGACAGAAAUUUUCUUAAGUGGUCCUAGUAAUCGUUUUGUAACUGUCAAACUUGUCAAAUUAGGAGAUGUGCGAUACAAACUUUAUUUUUUUCUAUUUUUUGAGUAGUAUAUACACGAUUGUUAGAGAAGUGUUUUUAUGGUUUGAAUUGCUGCUGGCUUUUGUUUGAUUCUGUUUGUAGGCCUGCUAUGAGGAUGGAAUACAAAAUGCAUAGCCACAAGCCACAAGUGUCGCCAAUAGCUGUGCUCUUUUGUACUUGAAAUGCAUUGACAGCUACCUUUCCUUAAAUGGGAUUGUGCAUUCUGAGACUGUAAGCCUUGAGAAUGGACGUGAACUUUCACGUUCUUCUUAAAUGCUGCCGUUUUUUACUCUAAAAUACUCUUCUCUGGCUAAACAUAUUUCUUAUAUGCUCUCGGCUUUAACACGGCUAACCAAUCUUAGCUCAAUGGCUGUGCUAACUUACUGAGUAGUGCAUUGCCAAAUGUAUUAGAACUUCACUUUUGUUCAAGUUAAUUUUGCAUCUUAUGUUUCAGGUGAGAAGCCUCGAUAAACUUUUUGUGCCUCAAAGUUAACAUUGCAGGUAGAACAUAGCUAGAAAUGCGAGGGGAUAAAUAUAUCGAGUGUACUUUGCAGAUGACAGAACAGCGUGUGUGUGGUUUUGAUCAUAAAUUCUUAGAUGGGCUGAGGGCCCAAUGUGUGCAUCUUUUGUCUAUGUUCACUGCACCCUGAAAUGCUCCCAGAGCUUGUGGUUUUGUUUGAAUGCAUUUAGGCUUUUUUGUUGAUGUGAUAUGGGGGCCGGUGGAGAAUCUGCUCUCUCCAUACUCAGCUUAGUUACAACUGGAAAUUGUGGGGGAGCCUCACAUCCUAGUCGUUCACAAAAUGGAAUUUGUGUUGUGCCUAGUGGAUACAUCGAUGCAUGUCGCUAAAAAUAUGCUUUCUGUUUUGAGCUUACUCUGCAGAUUGUAAAUAUAUCUUAUGUCUGUACGUAUGCUGUUAUUUUGUAUUUUGCUACUUAGAUAAAAUUUCGAAGCACGCUGGCAAUGUUCACCUGGACAAGGAAUAAGAAUGGCCGUGGUACCGUACUCACUGAUGCGUUCUUAUUUGCGCAUUGUUUGUAAAAUAUGUUGCACACUCAAGUAUGUGUGUUGUCUCUUGUGCCAUGAUUUUGCAGUAUUUGUGGUGCACCUUGCAUCUGUUACCUGAAUUGAGUUGCUGGCAUUACUGGCAGUUGAGCAUUUAUUUUAAUUUUUUUCUUCUUUUUUCACGCUGCUGGUCACACGACCGCAGCAGCAUGUGUGUGUCGACGGUGAAGUCCCAACGAAUUGUUGAGCUUGGGAGUUAUUGAAUUUUUACACGAGUGACACUGUCAGGCUGACGUGGGUCCGGCGACGUUCCCUCGUGGUGAAGCUGUGUUGUAUCGUUGAACUUUUAUAGAGCUGGUUACCGUAGCAAUGUAAAUAAAGGAAGAAAAAGUUACGAGCAU